AUGCCAGCCAAGAUUCCGUUCUUCGAGGCGUCCGAAUCGCUGCAGCAGCGAUGGCGCGAGUCGACCGCAUCGCUGCGUGUCACAGCACAAGUCUACGUAUUUGCGCUGCUCAUCGCCAUCGGGCUCUUCCGCCAUUACCUCGCACCUCGAUCUUCACCAGACCACACGUUCGGUUCUGCUGCUGCCACGGACGCACCCGGGGCCAAGGACGAGACGAUCGCCGAGGUCGCCGAGAUCUUUAUCUACCCGAUCAAGUCGUGCGCCGGCUCGUCGGUGAGCCAUGCACAGCUCACGCAGCAGGGGUUCGACCUCGAUCGACGAUGGAUGGUCGUCCGGCUGCGGGAAGGCAAGGUCGAGAAGAUGUCGCUGAAAGAAGAGCCCAGACUCACACUCAUCCAGCCGAGCAUCGACGAGGCGCACAACAGGCUGAGCAUCAAGCUGACCAAAGAGGGGGAGAAGGUCCACAAGGGAACGAAGCUGGGAGAGACAGAGACGGUGUUAAGGCCAACGGCGGAGGAGCUGAGGAAGUGGAAGGAGGUACCCAGAGUGGAAAUGUAUGGCGAUUUUGCCGACGGCCGUGUGGCAGCGCUGCCAGAUUCAAGCGGCCGUAAGCUAAGUCCCAGCGAAUGGAUCAGCGAAUUCUUGGGAUACGCUGUCUUGUUGAUCCACUUUGACACGACAUCCCGAACGGCGCGGGCGGCGUUUCCGAUCUUCAAGCCCCCCACCGACAGCGCGUCGUGGUCUUCUCAAGAUCGGGGUGAGCUGUAUCGCGAGCGCGGAAUCGAGUUCCAGGACGAGUAUCCCCUGCUGAUCGCGACGCAGGAAUCGCUCUCGCUUGUGCGCAACCAACUCACCUCCGCACUCAGCCCCAACGGCACCGAAGGUCGACCUAUCGCCGGUAUCGAUGCUACCAAAUGGGCCGAUUCGUCCGCACUCAGCAUUGCGCGCUUUCGACCCAACAUUGUACUGCGCUCUUCUCCCGGUGAAGCUUUUGCGCCAUUUAGUGAGGAUUCGUGGGAACGAAUUUGGAUCCUCCCCAACGGACGUUCGCGCUCCAAGGCAGUGUUGCAGCUCGUGGCACGGUGUCAGAGAUGCCUGCUCACCGCUGUCGACCCCAUCACUGCCGAAAAGGACGCAAGUGUACCGCUGAAGUUGCUGAAUCGAAGUAGGAUGCGCGUCAAGAAAACAGCCAGCGAGGGGGGAAAUGGAAGAGCGGGUCCGUGCUUUGGAAUGUACGCCAUCCCUUUGCCGCUCGACACUAGCGCCUAUGGCGAGCUCAGCACGGGCGAUAGCGUCAAAGUCCGAUGGCGCCCUUUCAGCACCGACGACGAACCAGACCGUUCGCAUCUCCCCACCUAG